CUCGUACCCUCAAAGUGCAGCUACCGGCUUUAAUCACUGAGGUGAUCUGAAUGGCAUUUAUGGGACAGAUGGUGUUUUUCUUCCUCCUGUAGGAUUUUUACCAGGAAAGAAAAACAACUGUCUAAAAUUGAAUAUUCUCCACUGUAACAUAUAUUUACAAACCCUAAACACAUUAAAUAUUUCUAUAACCUGGUUUCUAGCUACACAUGAAUACACCUUCUCCUGGGACGAUGCUGUGCUCUAACCUUUGCCCUGCCCUCCCUCGCCUCUUGUCGCGGAGACUCAUUGGUACCACCACCUCCAGGAUGGUGGCUGUGAAGCGACCAGAGAUUUUGUCUGUCAGCCUGGCCUUUGAGGAUCCAAGUGCCUUCAGAGUGAAGAGUCUGGGCGAACUUCUCCGAGCUCUUGGUGUCUUCCGCAUGUGUUCCUUCCCUGUGCUGGUCAACAACUGCGGUAAGCUGAUGAUAGCAGCACGCACCAUCUUGGGGAGGAGAGGGUUCUCUUUGCUGCUGCGGCCCACCGUCUACGCACAGUUUGUGGCCGGAGAAAAUGAGACAGAGAUCUCUCAGUCCAUGCGAAAGAUGAGCUUGCUGGGACUGAGGCCCAUGUUGGCGGUUCCGAUUGAGGAAGACCUCGGAGAGAGCAUUGGAGAAAAGAGAUAUGACGACAACAUGGCGGCCAUGUUGGAAUGUGUCCGGAUGUCCCACAGCAACGCCUGGAGCACAGAUCCGAUGAUGCAGUUGAAGAUCACGGCUCUGCUCAGCCCGGAGCUGUGUGUCAAACUCACAACCCUAAUUGCACAACAAUCAUACGACCUGAGCCUCCUUGUCCGAGCCAUGGAUGGAGAAAUGAUAACGUUUCCUGGAUUGGAGGAAAAAGAAGCAGCUCACUUCUUGUGUGGUCUGCAAAGACUGAACAAAAUAGCAGAGGCGAGUGUUAACAAAGUCAGAGUGCUGGUUGAUGCAGAGUACACCUACAUGAACCCUGCUCUCACUCUGCUCACCAUGGCACUGAUGAAGAAGUUUAACAAAGAUGGCGCCUGGAUCUGGAACACCUAUCAGUGUUAUCUAAAGGACUCCAGGUCUCUGCUGUUGGAGGCUCUCCAUCUGUCGCAGGCUGAAGGUUUCUGUUUGGGAGUCAAACUGGUACGAGGUGCAUACAUGGACAAAGAGCGAAAGCUGGCAGAGAAGGAGUGCCGGGUGGACCCCAUUCACCCGAGCUGGGAAGAGACCAACAAGAGUUAUAACAGCUGCCUGGACGUGAUGAUGGAAGCCAUAGCACAGAAACCGGACCGCUACAGGAUCAUCGUGGCCACUCACAAUGAGGAGUCUGUGAGACGAGCUGCUGCAAGGAUGGAGGAGUUGGGGAUAGAAAAAGAUGGAGGCUCAGUGUGUUUCGGCCAGCUACUGGGGAUGUGUGAUCACGUCUCCCUGACGCUGGCAAAGGAAGGUUACUCUGUCUACAAGUCGGUGCCGUACGGCUCAGUGGAAGACACGCUGCCCUAUCUGGUGCGCCGGGCCCAGGAGAACCGCACCGUACUGCAGGGCAUUCGCAAAGAAAGAGACCUGCUCAGGCAGGAGCUCAGACACAGGAUGAGGCGGAGCAUGAGGGGUGGCAGCUAAUGACAGAAAACCAACAGAAUCUGAAAACAGGACAAACCAGGAGGACUUAACUGGUGUAAACUGCUGCUAAUAAUCCAUUCCAAUAAGGAAAACAACAAUCAUUUGAAACUUUAAGAAACUUCCGGCUUAUUUCCCUCAAUGUUUGUGCUUUGCUUAGUGUAGUUUUAAUUCUUAUUAAAAUGCAUUUUUUUGCUCCAAUCACUUUGAAACUAUUACCAUACAAAUAGGCAAUAUAAGCUUCAGGUAGAAUCUGAGGAAUUGAAACAUUUGUUCGCCUUCCCAGGGGCGUCAAACUCAUUUUUAUUUUGGCCAUAAAUCAUGAACCACAGGGCCAGUUGUGACAAAAAUUAUUAAUAAAAUUACCAGUUUUAUCAAUACAUUUCAAAGUACUGUUCUCUGCACUCACUGGGUGCAUUUUAAAAUUAUAUUUAGCACCCAAGUAAUUUAUACAAACAAGAACUGACUUAAUUUGAGUGAUAAAAUAAUAUAUAAGCACACAGCAAUUUUUAAAAAUAUUUUCUGUGGCCCUGUGGAAUCUGGAGAACCACAGUUUGGCCCAGAUUACAGAAUGACUGGCAGUGUAUUUAUAAUUUUGUUAGCCUAAUAGCAAAAGUCCUAUUUUUUAAAACAUUGUAGGCAAUUGAGCUGUCAUAUUUUCAAUUAUUCUAUUAGGCUCACUCUGUGUUGGUUUAUAAUUAGACACAAAUGUUAACCUCAAACUGUAAAUUAUUAUAUUUAGCUGUGCAGAUCCAUGUUUUAGCUAUAAGUUGGUUUGGUUCAAGAAAUUUAAAACCCAGUUUUUUGCUUUGUUUUUCUGAAUAAACAAACAAGACUGUGUUUAUUGUUUUUUUCUUUAUUACGGUUUAGUAAAUAAUAGUUAACAUUUUCUAACUGACCACGCUGCUUUGCUAGAGGAGAAAAUCUUCAUGGUUCGGUGCUGAACGGUGGCGAUGCUGAAACAUUUCAGAGCUGUAAAUGUUUCAGCAGAUUCAGGAGAAACUGAAAGCACUUUUCCAUUGGCGGUUGUUGUGGAAUGAAAACAACUCCA